CCCCCCCCCCCCCCCUCUCCACCUCCGACUCCUCCUUUCGCGAUCCCACACCACCGCCGAAGCUUCCGAAGCCCUCCCAAAAAGAUUCCCCGGCCCCGAUCAGUAGGCGGCUGAGUCCGGCGAGCGGCGGCGGCCAUGGAGAGGUACGAGCUGCUCAAGGACAUCGGCGCCGGCAACUUCGGCGUGGCGCGGCUGAUGCGGAACAAGGAGACCAAGGAGCUGGUCGCCAUGAAGUACAUCCCGCGAGGCCUCAAGAUUGACGAGAAUGUGGCGAGGGAGAUCAUCAACCACCGGUCGCUGCGGCACCCCAACAUCAUCCGGUUCAAGGAGGUGGUGGUCACGCCGACGCACCUGGCGAUCGUCAUGGAGUACGCCGCCGGCGGCGAGCUGUUCGACCGGAUCUGCAACGCCGGGAGGUUCAGCGAGGACGAGGCCAGGUACUUUUUCCAGCAGCUCAUUUGCGGCGUGAGCUACUGCCACUUCAUGCAAAUUUGCCACCGCGAUUUGAAGCUGGAGAACACUCUGCUCGAUGGCAGCCCGGCGCCUCGCCUCAAGAUCUGCGACUUCGGUUACUCCAAGUCGUCGCUGCUGCACUCCAAGCCCAAGUCGACGGUCGGGACGCCGGCGUACAUCGCGCCGGAGGUGCUCUCCCGCCGGGAAUACGACGGCAAGACAGCCGAUGUGUGGUCUUGUGGAGUGACUCUUUAUGUGAUGCUUGUUGGUGCUUACCCUUUUGAGGACCCUGAUGACCCCAAGAAUUUCAGAAAGACCAUUGGGAGAAUAAUGUCAAUUCAGUACAAAAUACCAGAGUACGUCCAUGUAUCCCAAGACUGCAGGCAACUCCUUUCUAGAAUUUUUGUUGCAAACCCUGCAAAGAGAAUAACAAUAAGGGAGAUCAGGAACCACCCGUGGUUCUUGAAGAACCUGCCCAGAGAGCUCACAGAAGCUGCACAAGCAAUGUACUACAAGAAGGACAAUAGCGCCCCGACCUUCUCUGUCCAGUCGGUCGAGGAGAUCAUGAAGAUCGUCGAGGAAGCUCGGACGCCGCCUCGGUCCUCCACCCCUGUGGCUGGUUUUGGCUGGCAAGAGGAGGAUGAGCAGGAGGACACCAAGAAGGCAGAGGAAGAGCACGAGGAAGAGGAAGAUGGUGAGGAUGAGUAUGAUAAGCAGGUGAAACAAGUCCAUGCCAGUGGCGAGUUUCAGCUCAGCUGAGGAUUUUCUGUCAGCACAGGGAAGAUUGCAAACCGGAGAGAUAUUGUCAUAAUGUGAUGGAUGAUGGUCACCCCUAUUGCCGUCUUUAUUUUUUUUUUCAGUUUCCUUUUUUUAUUUCUCUCCCUUUUUUUCUCUCUGAUGCUGCAACAGUGUAAAUUACCAAAGUGGUUCUAUCACUGUCUUUGUAAUGGCUGAUUAAGUUAGCAUGCAGAAACAUAAUGUAUUGAAUAAAACCAUCUCAUUGAGCAUCUUCUU